AGGUAAUCAACGACGAAGAACUAUUACCGGCUUUCUGGAAAACGGCUGCCGAGCAUGUGUGAAAUAAGUCGUGGUCUCGGGUUUCAACAUCGGCCGCAAAGUCCUAGAAUGUUGAAAACGAUAUGGCGUAGUCAAGUUCAUUCCUUCUCCUAUUCUUCCUCCCCUCUCCUAUACUUUAGAAGACUGGACGAGACAUACGCCCAAGACCAGGCCUACCCCGUACAACGUAUAUCGAAUCAAUCGCCUGUCUGUCUACGGCGCUGUCCUACGGUCAACACGAGGCAAGGCAAUGGUGGAGACCUCCAUCCGAGUUACCACAAUAGAACCUUAUAAGUCGAUCCGGCAUACCCCGUCACCAUGGCGCCCAAGAGUAUUAAGCCAGAGGGGGAGCCCGCACAAGAUAGUCCAAAUCAAGACAGUUCACAAGAUAAAUCCACUACGAAGAACAACUACUUGAGAGAUACUAUAGAUCCUCAGCGUAACCCAUUCAGUAUGACUUCGGGCAGCCAGCCUUGUACCUUCGCGGACAUAGCGAUCUCCUACCGCGUUUACAUCCUCGACGACCUCCUCGCAGAACCCCAGGAAAUCGUCCACGAUUGGAGUCGAAACCUCCUGUACAUCUGCCAACGUCACCGACAAGGCAAUAACUUCGCGCCCAUCGAACAAUCCCACGACAUCUGUGUAUUUGACAUCUCUAUCGGAGAAAUCAUUGCCUCGAUCGAUAUUAGUCCCUAUAGUGGACCACAUUGUAUGGAACUGGAUCCAUCGUGCGCUUACCUCCACGUCCACGUAGAUGGAGGGGUCAUCUGGAUCGAUCCGGAAUCGAGAGUCGUUACCAACUUCGAGCCGGCACAAAAGAGGAGGCGUCAGGAGAGAACAACCGAAGAUAUAAUUGCCGAAAUCGACCUAAGAUCUGGAAAGAUGCGUCAGAGAGUCAAUGUCCCUGAAGGUGAUAGACACUCCAGCGACGGACGGCAUGUGACCUUUUCUGCCCCUGCGAUUCGAUUCGCAAGCCGAUCGUCAAGCGGCGGACUGCCGGUGGUUGAUGUCGGAAACGAUCUAGUCGUGGAAGCGAUCAAAGCCAAAUUCUCGGUUAGGACGAUCUAUGCCACCUCUAGAACUGUCAUGCUAGUUUGAAGGGCCUUGUCGCUUUCGCGGUGGUAAUAAAAAUAAUGAUUAUGGGCCGAAAAGGAGGUCGGAAUUAAGGCGCGGAAUUACAUCAAGAGCCACGCUGGCAUGGCUACAAUUGGCACAGAACGGGGAUAUUUCAAUAUGGUCAUCUAUAAAUUAAUCAUACAACGAUGUAACUUUCCUUAAUGAUUAUUUUAAUAAAACUUCUCGAAUCACA